AUGAGCACACAUAGUUCACAUCAACGAACACAAAAAGGAAAGAACCCAUUUAAAGGUAUGGAGUGCGGAAAGAGCUUCUCUUUCAAUGCAAAACUUAGAACACACCAGCGGACUCACAGAGAGAGAAAACAUUUUAAGUGCAGGGAGUAUGGGAAGAACUUCAGUCAGAGUGGACACCUUAAAUUGCACAAACGGAUUCACACAGGGGAGAAACCAUUUACAUGUCUGGAGUGUGGAAAGAGCUUCAGUCAGAGUAGACACCAUAGAAGACAUCAACAGACUCACACAGGGGAGAAACCAUUUAAAUGUAUCGAGUGUGGAAAGAGUUUCCGUUGUAAUACAAGCCUUAGAUCACAUCAACGGACUCAUACAGGGGAGAAACCAUAUAAAUGUAUUGAGUGUGAAAAGAGUUUUAGUAAUAGUGGAAACCUUAGGAAACAUCAACGGACUCACACAGGGGAGAAACCAUUUAAAUGUGUGGAGUGUGGGAAGUGCUUCAGUUUCAGUGCAAACCUUAGACAACAUCAACGGACUCACACAGAAGAGAAACCAUUUAAAUGCAUGGAGUGUGGAAAGAGCUUUAGUGAUAGUGGAAGCCUUAGAUCACAUCAACGGAAUCACACAGGGGAGAAACCAUAUGAAUGUAUGGAGUGUGGAAAAAGCUUCAGUCAGAGUGCACACCUUAAAAUACAUCAACGGACACACACAGGGGAGAAACCAUAUAAAUGUAUCGAGUGUGGAAACAGCUUUAGUAAAAGUGGAAACCUUAGGAAACAUCAACGGACUCACACAGGGGAGAAACCAUAUAAAUGUAUCGAGUGUGGAAAGAGCUUUAGUGAUAAUGGAAACCUUAGGAAACAUCAACGGACUCACACAGGGGAGAAACCAUUUAAAUGUGUGGAGUGUGGGAAGUGCUUCAGUUUCAGUGCAAACCUUAGACAACAUCAACGGACUCACACAGAAGAGAAACCAUUUAAAUGUUUGGAGUGUGGAAAGAGCUUCAGUCAGAGUGGAAAUCUUAGAAAACAUCAGCGGACACACACGGGGGAGAAACCAUAUAAAUGUAUCGAGUGUGGAAAAAGCUUUAGUGAUACUGCAAGCCUUAGGACACAUCAACGGACUCACACAGAAGAGAAACCAUUUACAUGUAUGGAGUGUGGAAAGAGCUUCAGUCAGAGUGGAAAUCUUAGAAAACAUCAGCGGACACACACGAGAGAAACCAUUUAA